CACACACACAGAACACAUGGACACAGAUGGUUUGCAAUAUACAAAAGGCACCGUUCUCUUCUUAGUUUGAAGAGUCGUUGUCGUCUGGCUGUGGGCAACAGACUUUUCUUAUCUUCUCUCGUUGUUGCUCCUGAACUAGUGAAAAAUAACAGAAAGGAAUCUGACAACAAGAAACAGCAGAAUAUUCAGGUUUCUGGUUGACUUUCAGCAUCUGUUCUUCAUUAGAUCUACUAGAUCAUCUGAGGGAUUUGACUAAAUCAAGAUGUUGAUGAUCAUUGAAGCUCUUCUUCUCAUUUUAGCUGCUCUAGGACAGGAUCACAGAGCUGCUGUUGAAGGACAGAUAUUUCCAUUGGAUUUCGCACCGAAUUCAGUUGAUGAUCAAUAUGGUUGUACUGUUAAAAUGGCAGACCUGGUGAAGACAAAAUAUCUAGAGAAGGAAAUAUCUGCUUCAGCUGAAUUUAACAAGACUUGGCAAGAAGGUGAAGAGAAAGCAAAGAAAGCAGAGGAUAACUUGCAACAGAUUCAUUCAGUCGCCAUUCAUGUUUACACUAACAAAGACUCUAAAGUAUACAGUAAUUUCACUAGUGCCACUCGUACUGACAAACAAAAAUACAAAGAGGGGACAUUCAAAUGGUAUUCACUUCACUUUCUGUUAACAGAAGCGAUCCAGAUUCUGAAGAAAACACAAAAUAGAUGCUAUGUAACUUAUCGUGGUACAAAUGUUAAAUUUGAUGUUCAGAACAAAGAGGUUCGUUUGAGUUCAUUUUCAUCCUCCUCUUUUGAUCGUAAGGUAAUACAGGGUUUUGGAAAUAAAUCUUGUUUUGAAAUCUACACCUGUGAAGGUGCAAAUUUGACAAAAUAUUCAAAGUAUCCUGAUGAGAAAGAGGUGCUGAUUCCUCCAUAUGAGACGUUUAAAGUCACUGCUGUCAUGAACAGAACAGAUCAGCCAGAUCUCUGGUGUGAGACAGUGUUUGUGUUGAACAGCACUGGAAAAACAAGUGACCUGAACUGUGCAUUGUUUAAUGGGGGAAAUCAUGCUGCUUUCUUUAAUGUUUUGAUCAUUUUGCAAUUAUUAUUUUUUUACCUGCUAACCAGUUAAAUGUAAAUGUUUCUCAUUGUUACUGAACUUUGAAGUGUUUGUCAUGCUUAAUUGAAUCUGAUAUUCUGGGGACAAUUUGAUAAGAUUUAGUAGUGAUUGGAGAAAAUACUUUUCUAAAUUAAUUGGUUUUCUCAAUGUGUUUCAGUUCAAAGUAUUUUUUUUUUUUUUUACAUUUUACAAUUAUGUUGUCUUGUUUCAUCAACACAUUGUAUAUUUUGUAUGAAAUGUUACAACAUGCCCUACAGGUGGGAGACACAGUAAAGUGAGAAGCAUGUUAUAACCUGCUUAUGUGACAGUUUAAAUCUGACCUUAUAAUAAUAAUAAAAAAAA